GCAUUGCUGCACUUGUGUGUAUUUCUGAAUGAAUUUCCGCACUCUUGUAAAUAUCAAUUAAAAUUUGCCGGGAUUUGAAGCGAUAUAUGAUGACACAUCCCGUCGCUGCCCGCGGACAGCCGCGUAAAUAUCCAUUUGUGAACAUGCGCAUAGCGGAUCACUCCGUGCUGGACACCAUCGAGGGCCGCCAGAGUUGCCAGCACUGCAAUCGCUCCAGGAAAUUCUUCUGCUACAAUUGCUACAUCCCCGUGGGUGAACUAGGUAGCCUCCUGCCGAGCGUGGAGCUGCCCCUGCAAAUCGACAUCAUCAAGCACAAGAAGGAGAUCGAUGGCAAGAGCACAGCAGUCCAUGCAGCUGUCCUCGCCCCCCACCAAGUGCGCAUCCACACAUAUCCCGAUAUACCCGAUUAUCGUCUGGAGGAGGCCGGUGUGGUGCUCAUCUUUCCCAGUGCGACGAGUCUAACAGUGCCGCAGCUGUUCGCGCGAGAUGUUCACCUGAACAUCGAUGACAACUAUGGGCUGCCCAAGGGCCAUCACAUGGGCACAAUGCUGCGGCGACGCAUGGACGAAGUUGUGGGCACAGCUCCGGAUUCGCCAGAUUCGAUCAGCUGCAAGCGCUACACAUGCGACACUCUACCCAUAAAACGUGCCGUCUUCAUCGACAGCACUUGGAACCAGAGUCGCAGCAUUUAUGCGGAUGAGCGCGUGCGUGGAUUGCGCACUGUGGUCCUCCAGAAUCGACUGUCGCAGUUCUGGCGCCAUCAGCGGGGGAGUCCCCGUUGGUAUCUGGCCACCAUUGAGGCGAUCCAUCAGUUUCUGCUGGAGGUGCACGUGAAUGCAUGGGGCCUCAAUGGGGCCUAUCGUGGCCUGGACAAUCUCGAGAUCACGGAUGGCUUCCAUCAGCUGGCCAAGCCACUAACCACAUCAGAGGCGCCGGCAGAGUGCGUGACUCCCGAAUCCCCGUACAACGGGCAAUAUGACAAUCUACUGUACUUCUUUGCCAAUAUGUAUGACCUGAUCCACAAAUAUUACGAUCACAACGAACUCAUUUCGUAUCGUCGGCCAAUUUAAUUAAAGAUUGAAGUUGGUUUUUAUUUAAA